UCCCCCUUUUUUUUUUUAGUUCUCCAUCUCCGUUUUUGCCGGAUCAUCUCUACGUGUGCCGAUCACCAUCCAGUUUCCGUUUCUUCCGCUAUUAUAUCGCUGCCAUUGGUUCUAACUACCCUAUCUUCGUCGGGCCUUGAUCGGACCUUGCUCGAUUUAAUAUAUUCCGACCUCCCUGAUUCAGCCCCGUAACAGCCCGUAACCCUCUUCGUCUUUGAUUUUGCGAUUAUCUUCGUGAAUCAGGUCGAUUUUCGUCUAUGCCUAGCUCUGCUCUCGGCUGACCUCAACCACCAGCCGCGAUCUCGCCGACUUCAACCGAUUCGAACAUUCAGAUUACAACCGUUAAGAUUUCCCGUCUCCGAACUUCCAUCGCCACACCUUGCCGUUCAAGGGGUCGCUAAUCUUGCAGCUCUUCCGUCGGCAUUCUCGGAAUUCAAGCGAGGCUAGCUUUGCUGGGAUGGAAAAGAAGAAGGCAGAUGAAUUUGAGCCUGGACAAAUUUCUAAUUUGAGGCAUGUUGAUAGAUUUGGGUUUGUAAUACAGGACCAGGGUAACUCCCUUGAAGCUAAAAACAUUUCCACCAAUGAAAUGGAGAGGGAGGAAAGGAGGAUUCGAAAAUGGAGGAAGAUGAUAGGUAUAGGUGGAGGUGAUUGGAAGCAUUUUGUCAGAAGGAAACCUCACGUAGUUAAAAGGCGUAUACGAAAGGGUAUUCCUGAUUGCUUGAGAGGACUUGUUUGGCAGUUGAUUUCUGGAAGCAGGGGUCUUUUGCUAAUGAAUCAGGGAGUUUAUGAGCAAUUAGUGAUUUAUGAGAUAUCGGCAUCGGAAUUGGAUAUUAUUCGCGACAUUUCGCGAACUUUCCCUUCACAUGUUUUCUUCCAGCAGAGGCAUGGACCUGGCCAAAGAUCCCUUUACAAUGUUUUGAAAGCAUACUCCGUAUAUGACAGAGACGUUGGAUAUGUUCAGGGAAUGGGAUUUCUAGCGGGCUUGUUGCUUCUGUACAUGAGUGAAGAAGAUGCAUUUUGGCUAUUAGUAGCUUUGCUGAAAGGAGCUGUUCAUGCACCAAUGGAAGGCCUGUACCAGGUUGGUUUACCACUAGUGCAGCAAUAUUUAUUUCAAUUUGAACGGUUGGUUAAGGACUAUUUGCCGAAGUUAGGACAACAUUUUUCUGAAGAAAUGAUUAAUCCGAGCAUGUAUGCCAGUCAGUGGUUUAUAACCGUAUUCUCUUACUCGUUCCCUUUUCCUUUGGCCCUUCGAAUUUGGGAUGUGUUUCUUUUUGAGGGAGUGAAGAUUGUUUUUCAGGUUGGUUUGGCCUUGUUGACAUUGUGUCAGAAUGACUUGUUAAAGUUGGGUUUUGAGAAACUUGUUCAUGCCUUGCGCAACUUCCCUGAGGAAGCAAUGAAUCCAGAAAAAUUAUUACCACUUGCUUUCUCAAUCAAGGUCACGAAAAGAUUAGCAGAGCUGAAACAAGAGUAUGAGAAGCGAAAUGGGGCCACCUUACCACCAACCAUUGAUGGUACUAAGCCGUCGAAGCCUCCCCAGUCCCCAAACAAGCCAUGAAAAUGACUCGACUUUCCAUCAACUGAAAUUGCCUUUUUGUUUGUAAAAUCCUAAUCGCUUAUGUCUAAUUUUGUAAAUAUUUAAAUGAUAUAUAUUUUUUGCAAGAUCGACACAA